CGAGUCCACCCAGCAAGCAGAAACGGAGUGGGCGAGCGAUCAUGGUGAACCUCACGCCCAACGCUGUGUCGAUGCUGUACCAUAACCAGGUACCCGAUGGCUUCGAGCCGUGGCUGCAGAUCAUUGACACCAAGAAGAUCAAGCCAGCCAGCGGCACGGGUGGCGAUCGAUACCGCAUCGUGCUAUCCGACGGUACCUCAUAUCUUAGUGGAAUGCUUGCGACGCAGCUAGCUCCGAUGAUGGAGAACGAGAGUCUCAAGACAAACUACGUGCUUCAGCUCAAGGACUACCUCGGUAAUGAAGUGCAAGGCCGUCGGAUCAUUAUCGUGCUUAAGGUCGGCAACAUCGUGCCGCACUUUGACUGCAUUGGAUCGCCCCAGAAUAUCGAUGGUUCCAGGGGUCCUUCUGUUCCUGCGGCUUCAUCGGCCUCUGUCCCACCCGCAGCGGCUCUCGGAGCGAGAUCGGCUGCACCUGCACAGCCUUCGUACCAGCAGCCCCGAGCUCCUACCAAUCAGUUCCAACAGCCACCUGCUGCUCCGUCUAGCUACACGCCACCUACGAAGCCUGCUGCAUCUACGUAUAACCGUGGACCUGUCGUGCGUCAAGACCCAAACAUUCGUCUGUCGGAUAUCCAGAGUCUGAACCCGUACGCGGGCGGACGGUGGACCAUCAAGGCUCGUGUGACGACGCGCUCUCCGAUCAAGAAUUGGACCAAUUCUCGCGGCUCCGGUAAGCUCUUCAGCGUUGACUUGCUUGACGCCAAGAAAGGUGAGAUUCGUGCCACUUUCUUUAAUGACGGUGUGGACAAGUUCUACGAAAUGCUGCGUCCGGGUGGCAUUUUCUACUUCGCUGGUGGCAAGGUUAAGAUGACCAAUCGUCGCUUCUCGUCGGUGGACAACGACUACGAGGUGACUUUCGACCCGCAUUCAGACAUUUCCCCAGCCCCGGAAGAUGGUCAGAUCUCGCAGAUGCAGUACGCCUUCAAGAAAAUCGCCGAAAUCGAAAACGUGCCGGCCGAUUCUAAUGUGGAUAUCAUUGGCAUUGUGCGCGACGUCACUCCAGUGAAUGAGUUCACGUCCAAGGCCGGCAAGCAGCUUUUCAAGCGUGACAUUUCGCUCGUUGAUGACUCCAACGUGGAGAUCAAGUGCACUAUGUGGAAUGAGCAAGCUCAGCAGGAGUGCUCUAACUGGCUCAACCAAGUUUUGGCUAUUAAGGGCUGCCGUGUAAGUGAAUUCAACGGGCGGUCCCUCAGCACGGCGGGAAGCUCGAGCUUUACUGUCAAUCCAACGAUCCCGGAAGCCGGACACCUGGUCACGUGGUUCUCCAACGGUGGCAAUGCGACGCAGACAAAGUCUCUCAGCUCCGGUGGUGGUGGCUUUGGCGGUGGUUCGCUUGGCAGCUUUUCCGAGCGUGCAGUUAUCAACGAUAUUAAGAGCAAGCAGCUUGGCUUUGGUCAGAAGCCCGAUUAUAUCACUGUAAAGGGAACGGUGAAUUUCAUCAAACAUGACACGGGCAUUUACUACCAAGCGUGCCCCAAGUGUCAGAAGAAGGUUGUUGCUGACGUGGCUCAGAACUACACGUGCGAGAAAUGCCAGACUUCCUACCCCAAUUGCGAGAACCGCUACAUCCUUUCGGUGAUUAUGCUAGACCACACCGGCAGCACCUGGACAACAUGCUUCAACGACCAAGGCAAGGUGGUGAUGGGUGGUCGCACAGCGGAUGAAAUCGGCGAGCUUCGUGACACCAACCCAGCACUUUUUGAGUCCAUUUUCAAGGAGGCGUUGUUCAAGCAGUAUGUCUGCCGACUUCGCGUGAAGGCUGAGAAUGUGCAGGAGGAACUUCGUGUGAAGGCAAGUGUUGUGAACUUGGAGCCUGUCAACUUUGUGCAAGAGUCGAAGGAUCUGCUCCAAGCUAUUGCCCAGUACAAUUAA